AUGGUAUUGAAGAAGUCGUCAUUCAAAUCAGUUUUUACCAACAAAGCACCACUCAUCACAAGCAUAAUUCAAUCGCCAAAUUUACGACUCGCUAAAAACAUAAAUAAUGAGUCUAAGAUAACAGAUUAUGAGCCUAAGAUCAGGAAUGUGUCGAAUUUCCAUAGAAUAACAUCAAGAAUGGACACGCAUAGCGUAGGUUCUGAUGUAAAUUUUGACAAAACUCCGCCAAUGCUUAGUAAUUUACCUCUGAAAGUCGAACAUGAAAACAAUUUCACUGCUAACAUCAGUAGCAAUUGUAUAGAAAAUAUUACAUGCGAAGAUGUAUAUUGUUACACACAGAACUCUAAUGAAGAAUCUCCUGACGGAUAUUCAAAUGAAUCGCUUUACAGCCAGAGCGAUAGUGAUGUAUUUAAGAUUCUCAUAGCAACAGAUUCACAUUUGGGAUUUAAAGAUGAUGACAUGUAUCUAGCAGAUGAUCCAAUUAAUACUUUCCAUGAAAUACUCUAUCUGGCGAGCAAAUUAAAUGUCGAUUGUAUAUUUCAUUCGGGAGAUCUUUUUGACCAAAACAAACCUUCGCGCACAACAAUGUAUAAGACGAUGGAAUUGCUCAAUAAAUAUUGUCUGGGUGCCAAUAAAAUUGCAUUUGAAGUAUUUGAAUCCAGUAAUGUUAUGCACAAUGAUGACAAAUCGCUAUUAUUAAGCACUAAAAAUGUAUUUACUGAUAAGCACAAUGUAAAAUUACCCAUUUUUAUUAUCCAUGGUAACCAUGAUAAUCCUUCACAUGAAAAGGGUUUAUCUCCCAUUGACAUACUCGAUGUUUCAGGCUUAGUUAACUACUUUGGCAAGAUUGAAGAUUUUAACCACAUUAAUGUUAAACCUCUGCUUCUAAAAAAGGGUAAAACGAAGAUUGCAUUAUAUGGUCUCGGAUGGAUAAAAGAUGAGCGUCUUGUACGCGCUUUCCAGACAAAUAAAAUUGAGUUUUCCGUGCCUAACAACUUAUCAGAGUGGAUUUGUAUAUUACUUUUUCAUCAAAACAGAUAUAGAGGCAGUGGAGUGUCAGCUCCAGUAGAAUCCUGCAUACCAGAAUCUUAUAUCCCCGACUUCAUAGAUUUAAUAAUAUGGGGGCAUGAACAUGAAUCGCAGCGGGCUCCUGUAAAGAGUGCCACCAAAAACCAUCGCAUACUUCAGCUAGGAUCUUCCGUUAGAACAUCACUAAUCCAAUCUGAAACACUGCCAAAACAUGUAGCAUUACUAGAGGUCAAAUUGGACAGUUAUAAAAUAUAUCCAAUUAGACUUGAAACUGUUAGGCCCAUGAUAUACAGGGAUAUUGCACUUAAAGAUUACGAUGUGUUACCACAGGAAAAAUCAAUUUGGGAUUUCUUAACAAUAAUGAUCCAAAACUUAUUAUCUGAAAGAGAGGUCAAUGAUGAUAAAAAUGUAUCCACUGACAACAUUUUAACUCUUAGCACGUUACUCUCCAAUUUAAAAGAAACAAAUAAUGAAAACGAAUUUGAUAGAAUAAUAGAAAAAGUUCAUAGUAUGCCUCUUGUUAGAGUGAAAAUAGAUUAUACUGGGUUUCCCACAAUCAAUCCCAAAAGUUUCGGCUCUCAAUUCAUCGGUAAAAUCGCAAACCCCUUUGAAAUCAUUCGUUUCUAUAAACGUAAAACUCAGUCUAUCAAAAACAAUGGCAAUAAAACUGUUAGCGAUGAAUUAGUCAACCUUGAUCUGCAACACAUAGAUAACAAGGGAAUAUUCGACAUAAUAUAUGAAAGUGUAGAUGUGACAGGCAACAAAUUAAACUUCUUUUCAGAACACGAGUUAAAUCUUGCAGUACAAGGAUUUGUACUAGGAAUGGACAGCAAGGCUAUCAGCUCAUACGUUUCCAAAUAUGUGGAUGAAAUGAGUUCAUAUAUCGCAAACAACUUAUCAAAGUAUAUAUUUAGUGACGAAGAUAUGCUAAAAUUUAUUGAAUUAAAGGCCCUAGAAAGAGCAAAUCUGUUGCGCAGUGAAUUGGAAAAUAAAGCCCAAAAAAUUGGAGAAUCUAAUGAAAUUAAAGGAGGCAAUAAUUCAAUAUAUUGUGAUGAAAUCGAUUCGAACAAUUUAUCUCUAUGUAAUAACAUGUGUACAAUAAAGCAGAUUCCAAAUGUAGACAUGGGUGUAAAACGCGUUAUGGGAGAUGCAAUUUCCGAUACAGUUGUUAAAAAAAAAAUUACCUUUAAUAACUAG